CCCCAAGCGGUCCUAUUGCAUCAUCACUAACCACCUAAACCGCAGCCGCCAGCAUGCCUGUGUUUCACACGAAAACCAUCGAGAGCAUCUUGGAGCCAGUGGCCCAACAGGUUUCCCGGCUGGUCAUACUGCACGAGGAAGCUGAAGAUGGCAACGCAAUGCCAGAUCUCGGCCGGCCAGUCCAAGCCGUAUCGCUGGCCGUAACGAACCUGGUACGGGUCGGGCGUGAAACCAUACAAAACUCCGACGACGACAUCCUGAAGCAGGACAUGCCUUCCUCGCUAACGCGCGUCGAAACAGCGGCCCAGCUGCUCGAGGAAGCAUCGCUUAUGCUGCGCUCCGAUCCAUUCUCCGGUCCGGCACGCAAAAAGCUCAUCGAAGGAUCGCGAGGCAUCCUGCAAGGGACGUCCUCGCUGCUGCUGUGCUUCGACGAGUCGGAGGUGCGCAAAAUCGUGCGCGAAUGUAAGCGCGUGCUUGACUACCUGGCCGUGUCGGAGGUGAUCGACUCGAUGGAGGACCUGGUGCAGUUCCUGAAGGACCUUUCGCCUUGCUUGAGCAAGGUGACACAUCAAGUGGGUGCGCGCGAGAAGGAACUAACGCACCAGGUGCACAGCGAGAUUUUGGUGCGUUGUCUCGAGCAGCUGAAGAUCCUUGCUCCCAUCCUGAUCUGCAGCAUGAAGGUGUACAUCCUGAUCGCCGAGCAGAGCGGGAAAGGUUCCGAGGAGGCGGCUGAGAAUCGGAACUAUCUGGCUUCGCGCAUGAGCGAAGAAUUGCAGGAGAUCAUACGCGUGUUGCAGCUGACCACGUACGAUGAGGAUCAGAGCGAGCUGGACAACUUGACGGUGUUGAAGAAGAUCCACAACGCCAUCAACAACAAGCUUGAAGCGGCCAACGAGUGGCUGCGCAAUCCGUACGCACUUCGUGGAGGCGUCGGGGAGAAAGCACUCCGGCAGAUUGUGGAGAAUGGGUUGAAGGUGGCGGAUCGUUGUCUACCGCAGGACUCGCACAUCCUGCGCAAGCUAGGUGGGGAUAUAACGGCGAUGGCGAAUACGCUGUGUGAUUUGCGCCAGGAUGGCAAAGGCACGACACCGCAUGCGGACAAUAUCGCGCGGGAUAUCCGUGACAAGCUGGGCAACCUGGAGCAGUCGGUGUUGAACGCGAUCAUGGGUGUGGAUAAGGCGGGUCUGCAGCAAACCGCCCACACGGUACAGGGUCGACUGGAGCAAGCAUGCCGUUGGUUGCAGAAUCCAACCCGGGAUGAUCGUGGGUUGGGAGUGCGAGCCAUUGCGUUGAUCGUGGAUGAGGGUCGGCGGGUAGCGGACGGGCUCGGGGGUCACCAGAAGGCCGAGAUGGGUCAGCUGUGUGAUGAAGUCGAGCAGUUGGCGCACGAUUUCUCGCAGAUGUGCUCGAACGGGUUGGGUCAUACGCCACAGGCGCAGGAGCUGGCACGCCGGUUGAACGAGAAGCUGCACGGGUUGAAGAAGCAAAUUCAGGAUGCGGUGGUCAACCGGGUGGUGGAGGAUUUCAUCGAUAUCUCGACGCCGUUGAAGCAGUUUAUGGAGGCGGUCGCGCAACCGGAAGGCACUCCCGGGAGGGAGCAGAAUUUUAAUCAAAAAUCAACCCGGUUGCAGGCGUUUAGUGAUCGAGCGUCAAAAACGAGCCGUAUGGUGGCGGCUGGAGGGUCGGGUGGCAAUAAGAAGCUGGCGGAGGGUUUGCUCUCUUCGGCGAACCAGAUUGACAGCCUUACGCCGCAGCUGGUGUCGGCUGGACGAAUCCGUAUGAAUUACCCGACGAGUAAGGCCGCUGAGGAGCACUUGAAUAACCUGAAGCAGCAGUACGCGGACACGAUCCUGCGUAUGCGUACGCUUUGCGAUCAAGCGACUGAUCCGGCUGAUUUCAUCGAAGCCUCGGAGAAGCAGAUGCAGAAACAUUCGUUCCUUUGCGACGAUGCGAUCCGGACACGCCAGCCGCAGAAGAUGGUGGACAACACGUCGAGUGAGGCACGUCUCGCCAAUCGUGUGCUGCUCGUGGCCAAGCAGGAAGCGGACAACUCCGAGGAUCCGGAGUACAUCGGACGGUUGAACGGCGCUUCCGAUCAGCUGCAAGCGUCCAUCUCGCCGAUGGUGCAGGAAGCGAAGAACGUGUCCUCUAACAUUAGCGAUCCGGUGGCCGGUUCGAACUGGCGUGAAGCGAAUCGGGCACUGCUUCAGAGUGUGCGUAAUGUGCGUGGGGCCGUAACACAUGCUCCGGUGGUUCCGGAAAUGCCCAACAUGGCACAGUUGCACUUGAACGAAGCCGUACCUCCACCGAGGCCACCGUUGCCACGAGAAAACAUGCCACCAAUGCGGCCACCACCUCCACCGGAGACGGAUGAUGAGGACGAUGUGUUCCAGACCGGCAGCAUGCCACACGCUAACCAACCCAUCCUGAUGGCUGCUCAUGGGCUUCAUCAGGAGGUACGCCAGUGGUCCUCGAAGGAUAACGAAAUCAUCGCUGCAGCCAAGCGUAUGGCGGUCCUGAUGGCCCGCCUUUCUGAGCUGGUGCGUGCCGACUCGAAGGGCAGCAAGCGGGAGCUGAUUGCGACCGCCAAGCAGAUUGCCGAGGCGUCUGAGGAUGUGACACGGCUCGCGAAGCAGCUGGCACGCCAGUGUACGGACAAGCGCAUUCGCACCAACCUGCUGCAGGUGUGCGAGCGCAUCCCGACGAUCGGUACGCAGCUGAAGAUUUUGUCCACGGUUAAGGCGACCAUGCUGGGGGCUCAGGGUUCGGAGGAAGACCGUGAAGCGACCGAGAUGCUCGUCGGUAACGCGCAGAAUCUGAUGCAGAGUGUGAAGGAAACGGUACGAGCGGCAGAAGGAGCUAGCAUCAAGAUCCGAUCGGAUCAGACAAACCAACGACUACGCUGGGUACGUCGACAGCCGUGGUAUCAGUACUAAAGCCCGCUUCCUGGAAGCCUGGUUCUCGAGCCAACACUCGCACAUCGAUGUCCUGUUCUGUUUUCUGACACUUGCUCGUCGUUUCCUGCUUCCUGUUUCCUGUUGAACAAUUUUUGCUGUUAAUUAUGUCUUCCAAUUUGUUUUUUU